AUGAAGCUGCAAUUGCAUGUGUGGGGACCGGCCUUCGGUCUGCCCUCAAUUGAUGCGCAAUGUCUUGCUACAGUGGCAUACUGCUCCUUGGCCCUCCCCAGACAAGCGUGGGAGCUUGUCGCAACGAGCGAUCCCUCCGUGUCCCCUACCGGUGAACUCCCUGCACUCCAGUAUGGUUCGGUGUGGGUGAGCCGAUUCCGCAACAUUGUCGAUUAUCUCCGACAGUACUCGCAAGGCGAAUGGGAUCUAGACCAGGAACUGGACGAGUCAAAAAAAGCCGAUAAAUUCGCAUUCUCCUCCUUCAUCGAAUCUCGCGGCCAAACCCUCAUCGAUCUCUCCCUGUACGUCUCUAGCCAGAACUACUACGGAAAUACCUCUCCUGCAUACGGAAAUCUACUCCAAUGGCCCAACCAAUGGAUUUUACCCCCGAAACUGCAUAGCGCAGCUAAGGCCCGCACCGGGCAUCUGGGCUUCUCGUCCCUGGACCUCCAAGCGCUCGAAGAACAGCGCGAGCGCGAACACUCUGCCGCCGCCGCUACGGGUCAGGUACCCAAGAACUUGAUCCCCCGACCUCGCGACACCGUGUCCACCCUGCUCGGCCGGACCGCGAAACAGGACAGUUUUCGCAUCGACGCCCUGACAAGCGAGUUCUUUGAGCCUCUCGAAGCCAUGCUCGGCCAAAAGCCCUUCCUCCUCGCCUCAGAUGAGACAGACCUGCCGUCAAGCCUGGACUGCAUCGCGCUCGGGUAUCUUGCCCUGGCGCUCAUUCCCGAGCUGACCUUCCCGUGGCUUCGGGACGCCAUGCGCGCCAAGGCCCCACUUCUCUCGGCGUACACCGAGCGUCUGCGCCAGCGCUGCUUUGGCAGUGAGUCUGUGGAGGUUGCCCAUGCGUUCGCACCACAGUCAGUCCCUCCGUCGCCGCUGCCUUGGCGCGCACCUGGCCGGAUCUCCCUGGCUGCUGUUUGGGAGCACCCUGCUGUCAACGCGGCUGAGUCCGACUCUGACUUAUCAGAGAAGGAGAAGGAGAUCGUUUCAACGUAUGCUGACUCUCAAAAGAAAGAUAUGUACUUGUCUAUUGCGACUGUGGUGGCUGGAACCGCCGCGCUCGUUGGUUACGUGAUGCAUACCGGCUUACUGAGCUUGGCAGUGCAGGGCGACGACGAAGAAGAAGAGGCAGAAGAAGACAUUGUUCAGAAUGACGCUGCGUUUGACAACGUCGUCGCUACCGAUUUCUUGAGCAGUGCGAAUCUCUCCCAGAUCUAA